AACAGUAUUUCCUAAUAGUUCUGAACGUAUUACACAGGUGGGUUAUUGGAACUCGAGAGAUGGUAUAGUGAUGGAUCCUCGACAGCCUGUCAUCUGGCUUUCGGGUUCUGUUAAUAUUCCCAAGGAUACAUCAACACUUGUUGAGAACACCACCAUAAGAGUUAUGACUGUUAUAGAAAAACCGUUUGUGUUCGUUAAGGAAUCUAAGACUGGCCAGAAAUUUUACACGGGCUUAUGCAUCGACUUGUUAGACAAACUACAAGAAGAGAUGAAAUUCAGAUACACGAUUGAAGAAUCGCCUGGAAAUGUGUACGGAGCACCAGAUGUGUUUACUGGGGAAUGGAAUGGAAUGGUUCGAUAUCUCAUCGAUAAUAAAGCUGAUCUCGUAAUCGGUCCAUUCACAAUCAGCUCAAGUAGACAAACAGUGAUCGAUUUCACUCAACCCUACAUGGACGUUGGCUUGUCGAUCAUAAUGAGAAAAGAAGAGGACAGCAAAUAUAAAGUGUUCUCUUUCCUUCGUCCUUUUGACUUCAAUCUCUGGCUGGCCAUAGUGUCGACAACGCUAAGCGUCGGCGUUUUUCUUUGGCUCCACAGUACGUUUAGUCCGUACGGAUAUCACGGAAGAGUCGCACAGGCCAGGGACAAAAGAACCGUCACGACAGAUCAAAUCAAAACCAAGGACCACUUACGGUUUUUUAACGCCAUUUGGUCGUCGUUUGCGUAUUACGUCAGUCAAGGCCCGGAUGUUUUACAUCCUAUAUCGCUGUCUGGAAGAAUUGCUGUGGGCGUGUGGUGGUUUGCCGUGUUAAUCAUUGGGGCCACGUACACAGCAAAUCUUGCAUCCUUCUUAAUCGUCCAACGGUUUCAAACGCCAGUGCAAUCCGUGGAGGAUUUAGCUCGUCAAACCAGGAUCGAGUACGGAAUUCCCGGAAACGGGCAAACACAAACAUACUUCCAGAUGUCAACCAUUCCAACCUACGUAACGAUGUGGGAGUUCAUGAAGUCCAGUGGUAACAUACUUAAAAAUUCCACCGAGGGAAUUAGAAGAGUCCGCGAGGGAAACUUCGCCUUCAUAUUUGACUCCGCAGUGCUUGAAUACCACGUACAUCAGCCACCAUGUGAUACACUGUACACAGUGGGAAGGGUAUUUGGCAAGUUUGGUUACGGCUUUGGUCUUCAGAAGAAUUCACCAUUCACGCAUCUCUUUAGCAUCAAUGUGCUGGAACUCAGACAAAAGGGGUACAUGGAGACAAUGAAAAGCAAAUGGCUAACUGGGACGUGCGAGAACGAUGAAACAGACUCCCAAGCCUCUUCAUCAAUAAAUACAUCAGGAGAUGUGCUGACGUUCACUGACCUGUCAGGUGUAUUUUACUGUGUGCUGUUUGGCAUGGCCAGCAGCCUGCUCGUGUUACUCGUGGAACUAGUGAUUGAGGCCCACAAGGAUACGAAGCAAAACCACAAAGAGGUAAUACAAUAAGCUUCCAAUAUUCAAGAACAGGAAAGCUAAUAAAGUGAUAAAACUAUUAGAGUCACUUGAACUGAAACAGAAAAAAGGAAGACUGAGACUUCGUUAUACGAAAUGUAUGGUUUGCAAAAUUCACCUGUUGCCUGUCAAUGAAAAAAUGGCUGUUGGAAAUUGAAAAAAAAAACUUUCAUAUUGCAAAUUACUACUUCGCAACGCUUACCGAACAUUAUCAUUAGCUUAACUUUGUAUAUUUCUUCUAUUUUGUGUGUCUCUAUGUUUAUUUGUUUGUUUGUUUGUG